AUGAAAUCUACAGAAGUGGAUCCGGGGUUAUUCACUGACAGCUACUGCAAAGUGUGCAGCGCUCAGCUUAUCUCUGAGUCACAGAGAGUCGCCCACUAUGAAAGUCGAAAGCAUGCAAACAAAGUUCGUCUCUAUUACAUGUUACACCCGGUGGAUGGUGGCUGUCCUGCAAAGAAACUUCGAACUGACAAUGGCAGUGCGGAGGGGGACGUGGACAAGAACAAGUGCUGCACACUGUGCAAUAUGUCAUUCACUUCGGCGGUGGUGGCCCAGUCGCACUACCAGGGCAAGAUCCAUGCCAAGAGACUCAGGCUACUGCUGGGGGAGCCACCUGCCAUCACAUCUAAAGAGGAGACAGCCAGUUCAGAGCAUAUGGUGACUGAAGACUCGGCAGGAAGUCCUUCCAUACAUGGCAAACUCUCACAGCGCUACUGCCAAAUGUGUAAGGCCUGGUUCAACAACCCCGGCAUGGCCAGACAGCACUACGACGGAAAGAAGCACAAAAAAAACGCAGCCCAAGCUAACCUCCUCGCACAACUGGGUAAAAGUCUGGAGGACGGGGAUGAUCUAAACGGCCUGAAGCGGAGUCACACGUGUGAGGUCUGCAGUGUUACGCUCAACUCCGUGGCACAAUACCACGCACAUCUCCAGGGCUCCAAACACCAGAACAAGUGAGUAUCAUUCAGAGACAAAAAAAAGACCAGAAUCAAAGCCUGAAGAACAAAUGAAGUUUAAUGAAGCUCCCCUAUUUCAUCUCUACUCUUGAAACUAUUUGAGGAUCUGUCUGUGGAAGUCAAGGCAACUUUACGACAGCACAUGACAAUGAUAUCAGUUCAUAUUCUCUUGAUCCACUGUGUUAAUGACAGCGAUAUGGACCAGUAAAGCCAGAGACUCGGACAGUGACAAUGGAUAAUGGACAAGUGCUUUUUGCUAAAUUUGUACAUAAUAGAAAGAAAAAAAAUCACAUCCUGAUCACUUUAAUGUAUAUAUUUAAGGCAUGUCGAAUGGCGUGAUUUGAUUGUAAUUGUAUUUCAGAUUUUAAUUUAAAUGUAUUUUAAUUUGUGUGUGUAAGAACUGAACAUUUUGUAUUAGAGUCAAAUUGUAACUCAAAGGUUAUAGCUCUCUGUAGUCCACUAAAGAUGGAUUGGGUUUUCUUGUUUUAUUUUGUACAUACAGUACAGUCUGGGAGAAUUGCUCUCGGAUGAUAUUAAAAUGAGAAUUCAAUCAGCAUACUAGUAAAAGUAAUGACCUGAAGGACAAUUAUUGUUUUUACAAACACUUUUUCAACAUUAGCUGCUGUAUGAAUAGAUAGAAAAUGAACUAUUUACUAUCUCUUGCAUUGACGGUAAAAGAAAGAAACCCAAGAAAUUACUAUAAGGAAGUAUUACCGAAAUUAAAACGUUAAUAGUCUGCUAUCAUGCAUUUUAGUGCUUUUCACAAAGGACUAAAUGCUGCCGAUUUCCAUGUGUGCACUGUUCCGUUUAAAAAAGCCAAAAUAAUCGAAUAAUCCCCAAACCGAUAAUGACCUUUAUAAAUGAGGAUAGGUUCCUAGCAUUGUUUAUUAUUAAAAUACCUUGUCUCUUAGAAAUGACAUCCUAAACAAUAAAACACU